AUGGCUGCAUCGAACCGAAGCAGGCGCAUUGCCAAGGAGAUUGCCGAUAUCAAAAACGACCAGCACUCCAAAAUCAUUGUCGAGCCCGCAGGAAACGGCGAUGAUCUCACACAUCUGCGCGGCCAGUUCACGGGGCCACCCGAUACCCCAUACGAGGGCGCCACCUACUUUGUCGACAUCAAGAUUCCUAGCGAGUAUCCCUUCCGUCCGCCUGUGAUGAAGUUCGACACCAAGAUCUGGCACCCCAACGUCAGUUCACAGACAGGCGCCAUCUGUCUAGACACACUAUCGUCCCAAUGGUCGCCAGUCCUGACCAUCAAAUCAGCCCUCAUCUCGCUCCAAUCUCUCCUCAGCACACCCGAACCAAAGGAUCCCCAAGACGCAGAAGUCGCUGGCAUGCUCAUCCGGAACCCGGCCGAGUUUGAGCACAAGGCCCGUGAGUGGGCGGUCAAGUACGCCGGUGCGCCACAAAAGGAAAUCGCAGAAGGCAGCGGUGGUGCCACGGCUGCUUCGAUCAAGAAGAAGGCUCAACAAGCCAAGCAAAACGAAGAAAAGUCCAAACUGGCAGCAUACCGGGGCUACAAUAAGGACUUAAUAGACCGCUUUGUGGCAAUGGGCUUCGACGUUGAGAUUGUCGUAGAAGCCUUUGAGUAUGUUGGCAUCGAUCGCAUGGGCGGUGAGGACUAUGAGCUGGAAGAGGCCUACAUGGGCGACAUUACUGCCCGCCUGUUUGGCGAAGCUUGA